AUCCGAAUCAAUGUGAAUCAGUGUUGGACAAUUUAUAUUACGUACAACGUAACGUAAUUCGCGCAAAAUAUAACGUCAAUGCCACCUAUCUAAAAUCGUCACUCGUCAGUUUGCAAUAAGAUCUAAAGAGCGAUGGAUAACUCUUAGCGUAGAAGUUAUUUAAAUUAUAGUGUAAAUUUAAAAUUUAAAAGCGCGAGAUAUGAAUAUAAAUGAAAAAAAAUUUUUUUCAAUGUAUGCCCGUUGAAAUCAUUUAACUCGUCUUUUUAUCAUUUUGCUUUCACACUUUCUAUUCGAAUUUAAGUGUUACUAUUUCAAUUAUAAAAGCUGUUUGUGUUUGUAUACAAAAAUGGAUAAGUUAAGAAACGAAACGAGCAGUUCCGAAUCAAAAACAGAAUCUAACAAGGAACCUUUCUGGGUAUUUGGUUAUGGUUCCCUCUGCUGGAAUCCAGGGUUCGAAUACCAGCAAUCCUUGACUGGUUAUGUAAAAGGUUUCUCAAGGAGAUUCUGGCAAGGGAACACCACUCAUCGUGGAACAGAAGAUAAGCCGGGUCGCGUCGCCACUCUAAUAGAGGACAAGGAAGGAAUAACUUGGGGUAAAGCGUUUUUGGUGGCCGCAGAAAACAGCGUAGCACUGCCUUAUCUCACCAAAAGAGAAUGCAAAUUAGGUGGCUACAAGACCUGCGUUGUGAACUUCCAUCCAACACCUUUUUUACCGGCCACUAGGGCAGAUAAAAAGGAUGCCUUGCUGUACAUAGCCCUUCCAGAGAAUAAACAUUGGCUUGGAUCGGCGCCUUUGCCAGAUAUAGCGAAACAAAUACUGGAAUGCCGUGGUCCAUCUGGCUCAAACGUUGAGUAUCUCCUAAGGCUGGCAGACUUCAUGAGAGAAGAAAUUCCUGAGGCGUUAGACGAUCACCUUUUCUCCUUAGAAAGGUUAGUCAGGAAGUUCGCUGCCGAUUUCAAGAUAUGCUUAAGGUCUUUAGUUGGGGAACAAGAAAGAGAAGAAAGAGAGGUCAAAGUGGCCGUUCCUAGCAAUCAAUUCGCCUCUAGAAUACCCGAGAAAAAGCUGCGUUGCGUAAACAUGUGAAGUUCUUAUUUUCGAGAUUUCGUUAAGCUCGCAACAAAUUAUUUGUAAUGUACCUACAGGGAUUUUGUACCAAGAUUCAAUGUGGGGUAUUCUUGUGAUGAAAAUGAUUGUGUUCAUUCAUUGACGGAAAAUACAGAAACGCUAUCAUUUUAUGCGACAAACUAUGUUUCUUUAGAUUCCACAGAAAAAAAUAAGUAUCUAAUUUACGAUCGUUUUUUGAUAAAUAUCUUGAAUUUAAUGAGACCUUGAAUAGUAACGGAUAUAAUAAGAUCUCAAAAUUAUUAUAGAUUCGACAAUGUUUUAGUAUGUGAUCAAUAAUAAUUCGUGCUAGAUAAACUGACUGAAUAAUAAAUAAGUGACCGUAUCGUUAAAAAAAUAUUAAGCUUUUUGCAGCCAAUAAUGACUAAAAAUUUCGUUUGACUAUGGUUGUUCGUAUUUUGACCUUUGAAGGACCUAAUUAGGAACUUCUAGAAACCUAUAAUUACUCGCCAUUGUAUAGUGAGGAGUAGCUGGCCUUUUUCGUCAAUCGAAUUUCACGUAAGACAUUUUAUUAGGCUCAAUCCAUUUCCUUCAAAUACUUGGCUGGUAUUGGUAACAUUCGAUUUCUUUGUGAAAGCAGCUGAUACUCACAUUAAAUUUGCUUUAAUCUCUAAAACCCGCUACUUGUCAGUUUUUCAACAAACAUCAAACAUUAACUUUUACUGAAAAGCACUCAUACGCGGUUUUAGUUGAUGUGCUGAUUUCAUCUUGACGUUUGUGAGUUAAUCCAAUAUUUGGCCAAACAUUGCCCAACAUUGGCCAGGUUUAAAACGAUUUCAAUGUGGCUGCUCGCAAUAACAUUGAAUGAAUGAGAUACGACGUGUAAAUCUUUUACAAAUCAUUUCCAGUAGACCAAUGUAUUGAAUUCAAAACAAUUUUUAUUCCGUUAUACCUUUUAACUUUACUAUAUAGAUUAAUUUUGCGAUCUCCAAUUCAACCUUAAGUUUGCCUUAAUAUAUUUAAUGUUGAAAAUAUUAUUUAAACCUAUAAAUUAAAAAUAAAAAUAUUGGAACACUUGUAAGUAAAGUAGUACUUUAGUAACGUGAACACACCGGCUCGUAUAUUGUCAAUACAUAGUAUCCAUUUAAGAAUCAAUCCAGUACUCAAUUUUAGAAUAAUGUUGGAAAUGUUAAAACGACAAAUUCAUGAUGGAGCGUUAAUUCAGGAAAAUCCGUAAUCCAAUAUUUAAAUUACAAAAUACAAAAAAAUAACUACUAUUGUGUUGUUUGUUUUUUAUUAUUACUAUUUAAUCGAAAUAUAAUUAACUACCGGUUGGAAAUAAGAAAUUACCGUGUCUAAGAAAUCUGUGUAAAAAAUGUAUCUUUUGUAUUUUAUAUUCAGCAAAAAGUGUCCUUAGAGGAAGGGUAUUAUGGCAAAUGGAUUGAGUCAUGAGUUAAUCGUAAAUUCAUAGUUUACCACAUUUAUUCCUUUUAUUUUAUAUAUAUUGAAUUGGAACGACCGUUAAGGGUGUUCAAACCGGAAAAGUUUAUUAUGAAAAAAAUAUUAACAAGGGAAUAUGGAAUAGUAAAAAACAUUAAAAAUUUCAGAAUAGGAAAAGUAAAAUAUUAAAAAAAUUAACUUAAAGUAUCGGUAUUCUUUUUCCAAUAACCUAUUUAAGGCAGCAAAUUUUGAAACAUAAUAAAAGGUGUAUUGCAAUCGCUUCCGAUGCAAGAGCCGGUAAAAAGCACUGGUCUGACAUAAUUCUUUUAAUGUACGAUGCAUAAACAGUUUCCAUCUCAGUAAGAUAAUAUUUCAUGAAGCCGUAGUGUAACACGAAGGUAGUCUAACCGCCCCCGCGUUUCCUCGAGGCCGUUGACCCCUCGCGUCAGUUGACUCUUAAACGUGUUACAUUGCGUGCUUGAAAAAACGUUCGAAGGAAUAUGAAUUGGUGAUCAUUACAAUACGGUAGUGAUAAAUAAUCACUCAAUGUAUCUGUAUUCGCUUCCGGAAACGAUUUCAUUAUACCCUGUGUAAAAAACUAGCAUCAACAUUAUAAAGAUAGAGCAGAAACUGAAGAUUUUGUCGUGUGAACUAUCUGUCCAUCAAAAUAAACUUUAAAACAAUAUGCCUAUGAUUCAAAUUGGACUUGAUCAACUAGCUUAAUGUUAUAACACAUACACGAAUAUAAUAAUAAGCACGCUUAAAAUUACUUCUAAGCAGCUAAUUCAAAAUGCUCUCCACUAAAAAGAUAUAUAUAGUAAACAGCCAAAUAUUUGAAUGACGAAUACUGUUGUUCUAAUUAAAUCAGAUAAAGCUUUUAAAAUGUAGCAUUAUUGUUAUAAAAACUAAGAAUACACAGCUAUUUUUUUUUAAUUACUUAAGAUUAUUUUUAUUAUUAAAGUACUUUUUGUUGUUGUUUGCUUUAUAGUUCAAAUAGAUGUAUGCGAUAACAUAAUGAUGCCAAAGGCUUGUGAAGUUUUAUUUUUGUUUCAUUUGACUGUGUUCAGUUUUGUUGAUUUCAAAGAUAACAGAUCCUCUGGUCUCGGAAAUAGAGAUCUUUUUACCAAAACACAUUUUAAGUUUUACAUUGUUACUAUUAUAUUUAUUAUGAAAUAUAAGAUCGUUCCAUAGGUACAGUUUAUUCAAUCAUAAUUAUAAAUACUAAACAAGACCAGUCAGCUAACAAUAGAACAAUAAUGUUUUGAUUCAAGCCAAUUAAUUUCCAAAAUAAGCUAGAGCAGUCACCGCGUUUAAUUGUAAAUAACAAUUGUGAUAAAAUAAAAUGUAGUGCAUCUGAUAUCCAUAAAAGUAUCUGCAAGUUUACAGUUUACUACAUCGACCAUUAUAUUUUGUCAAUUGCACGAACUAAUAUCAAAGAACAAACUGAAGGAUAAUAAAAAAAAAUAUGACACUUGAAAUAUUAAAUAAAUAUUGAACCACUCAUGAUUUUAUAGAAUACAGUUGCUUUAAAUAUUUUUACGAAUAUUAGUAAUUUUAGCAUCACGUUUUUAAAAAAAAUUGACGUCUACUAUUUGUAAUCAUCAUCAUUCUCCUGCCCUUCACCCAGUCACCUGGGGUCGACGCAACAUGUUUUCUCCUUCCAUACUCCUCUAUCAUAUACGAUUUCUUCGCUCACUUCCUUCUUACACAAAUCGACUUUCAGGCAUUUCAGAUUUGUAAUGUUGCAAGAAAAUGAAAUGCUAUUUAAAAUAGUUAGGAAAUGUGUGAGAACUACUAGAAACUAAAAAUAACUAAACAUGAUGAUUCAAAAAAAAAACCUGAAAUUAUGUAGCCUUAGUAGAUAGAUCUUUAGUGAACAAAUGAGUAAUCUAUAUUCGUAUCUCGUGCGUAUUGUGGUUGUAAACCAAAAUAAAUAAGAGAAAUAUUAAUAAUAAUGUAGCUACAAUUAACAUUUCAUUCUAAGUAUCUAUUCAAAUUCUUGAAAUAUUCAAGAAUAUUUUGUGGUAAAGUAGUAAUAUUAUACCUUUAUUUUUAUUAACUGAACGAUAAGUAAAUGCUGAUAUAACUGACUGAAACAUCAAGAAUAUUUUAUUAAAGAUAUAUUAUAUAUGUAAAAGCUACGAUUCGCUUAAUGUAAAUUUGUUUUAAAAAAUCUAAUUGAUAUCGCAAACAAGAAAAGCAUUUUUAGUUGAACUAUUAUUCCGCAUCGAUACAUCGUUUUAAAUCGAUGCCUCCAAUGAACACUACUCUAUCUCCAAAUUCGUAGGUUUACAGGAGGAGCGUUUAAACGAAAAAAGUUGAUAAAAUCUUUAUAUUAUUGCAGAUAUAUUUAUGGUUUUUUCUUAUGUAACUAGCUGAUUUACUCUUGCUUCGAACCCCAUCAAUAAUGAAUUUUGUAAUACUUUUAAAAUAGUGAAACGACUUGCGUGAAAAACGAAAAUUUCAAAAUUUUGAGUUAGAUUAGUGUUCAUUGGAGGCAUCGAAUGUCUCAAAUCAAAUUCGCUGUUUAAAUUCUUCUUAUGUACAUAUAUCCAAUAAGCUUAAGUGUAAUAAUGUGCUGGAAUAUCCUAAACAAUGUGAUAAUAAUUGUACGCGAAAAUAUUUACAUUAAUUAUAAUCUGUAAUUUGUUAUGUACCUAAGUCUAAUAUUGUGUAUUAACGAAACGAAAAAAAAUCGUGUAAAAAGUAAAUAAAAAUCUGACAAACAAA